AAAGCUAUCUUCAUCUUAUUCUCAUCAAUUAUCAUUCCUUUAGCCCACAUCACUUUCUUGUCAAAAAUGAAGAGGGAAGGUCGCCAACAUGGUAUGGUUACAACAUAUAGGAUCAUCCCAUCUCCAUGGAAUCCGAGACCUAAACACCGUUUCAUUCAACAACUUGAUUCGCCUCCGACUGCUGGAUUAUUAACCAAGGUGCCUGUGAAGCCUACUAACCAUUCCAAGUUUACAGGACGAUGCGGUAGGCCACGGUGCGUAGGGUGUCACAUGCAUCCGGCUUGUAAGGCCAAGGACAAGACCAAGGGUACUCAUAAGUUACGGUCAAGUGAUAUGGCCACAAACUAUAGGUUGGUCACUUGGAGAGUUGUUGAUGGGAGGCCUGGUUUGAAGUUUUCAGGGUUUUCAGCUACAAGGAUUCUGGACCAUUUGUCUAAUGACCAUGAAGAUUAUUGCGAAGGUAAUGAUGAUCAUGAUUAUGAUGACGAUAAUGACGACGAUGAUGGUUUCAAAGUGAAUUCUGAAGGUGAGAAUAUGGGAGAAAAUAUUGUUGAUCAUAAUAAUGAUGAUGAGAAAAAUGAAGGUGUUUUUAUUGAUGAUGAUGAUGAUGUGAAGUUUGUUUUGGUUCAAGAUUUGGAAGAGGAAGGCUGGUGUUUGGUUGGGGGAAUUUGAUGAUCGAUUUCUCAAAUUUCAUUCUUGUUAUUAACUAUGUUUGUGUUUUGAUGGUUGUCUAUGAUUGUAACAUGGGGUUGUGGGUUGGACCAUAAUUUAUUAAUCAAUGGCUUCCUUCUUCAAAGCCAUGUGAAUUUAUUUACUAUGUAUAAUUCUACCAUCUUUUUUCUUUUCUAAUCCAUACUUUUUCUUUAUUUGACCUCA